AUGAAGAUCGUGAUCGUAACAUUUAUCGCUUUAGGAUACUGUGCAUCACUCAACAGUGCUGGCAUGUAUCACUACCAUAACCAACCAGCUGGACCACCGCCAUCCCUUCCGCAAUACCUGCCGAAUUAUGACGUCCCUCCGCCACAAGAUCACGAAACGGUCAAGCAUCAGUCCUGGGAAAAUUUGCCGUGGACCCCGAUCACAACUUUCCCAUGGCCCGGACCGGAAUAUGGGCACGAGGUAUACUACGCACCACACUAUCAUGGCGCAGCAAAAAUACCGUGUCCGAACAAGAAGAAAGUAACGACAACGACAACACACAAGCCAACGACAACGACCACCACUACCCAUCGUCCUGUGGAGACGAAGAAGCCACAUCUGCUCGAGAAGCUGGGCAACACUCAUAACCACUGA